AUGCAACGACACAAUUAGUUACUUACUACGAUAGCCAACAUAUUGGAUGAAAUAAUUAAAGAGACUGAUGCUUUAGAAAUAGAGUAAGAUUCAAUAUCUUGCUUCCAUGCAACUAAAGCACCAUCAAUAACCUUAUUUAAUUACUUAUAAAGAAUAGCAAAAUACACACAUUGUAGUGAAGAAUGCUUUGUUAUUGCCUUAAUUUACUUGGAUAAAUUGCAAGAAAAGCAUCCCUAUCUAGUGUUGAAUUCGAAAUGUAUUCAUAGAUUUCUAUUGACUUCUUUGGUGAUUGCCAUUAAAGUUUAAGAUGACGAUUAUUAUAAAAAUGAAUAUUAUGCAAAAGUAGGAGGUGUAAGCGUAAAAGAGAUUUUUGUUCUUGAAUAGGCCUUUUUAGAAUUAAUGGAUUAUGAAUUGUUUAUACCGGAACAACACUAUUUUAUGUACGAAAAGAAAUUACUAGAGUAUACAGAAAUUGAAAUGCCCUGA